UUUAACAAAUCUGAUAAAACAGACCCUGACAUGUUCAGACCAACUAUGUCCACUUGGUGGCAGCAAGGUACUUGCAGUGGUAUCAAUUUCCCAACUACCCAGAUUGAAGAAGAGGACUCGCUGAAGCACACAAUGCACUUCUGACAAGGGUAGUAUCGCCUAAAUCUUCAUAUCCUAUUUGUUUAAAAAUAUAAUAAGUCGUUGGAGAAUCGUGCUAUUUUGUGUGUAUUUGAAGACUGUGGUCAGCGUAGAUUUGGUUCGACCGGAAACGUCGGCAAAUAACUUCCCCCUACACAGUGCAUUAUUGUGUGGGCCGCUGACGGAGUUGUUCUGCCAGGGGUUUGGUCGACACCCUUAUCAAUGGAACUCCAGAUCGAGGCUUCCAUAGGGCCUUGAAUAAUUUCGUCUUUAAUGACUGUUAUGCGAAAACAAAUUGGUGUAGGAAGAGACACAUCGAUAACACACGGAUGGUGGGUGGCCAAACAGUCGCCAUAUAACUUCAGUCUUGGUGUAAACAAAACCAUUUUUGUGGAUUAGUUAGGUCUUAUACGAUAAUACAACCAUUCGUAUCGGGCCCAUCGUCAGACUGGAAAAUGUUAGCUAGCUUUACUCCCAGCUGCUGCAGGGUAGUUAUGGAUUUUGUGCUAAUCAAUAUUUCAGACGGUUUUUAAAGAAUGCGUUUUACUCAAGUAACGUGCCUACUCCGUGAUAACUAGCUACAUUGAGUUUGCGAUACACAUGCUAAUUAGCUACUAAUUAGCUACCCAAGGUUAGCAUAAUAAAGCACUUACAUGUAUGUACAUACAUGUAUCUAUGUAGCAUUAGCCUAGCUAGCAGCUAGCAAGUGGAUAUAAUUCUCAUGUAUUGCUCAAGUUAGCUUAGCUACAAAAACAGUUAACUGUCUAGCUGCUUAUAAGUGUGGCUGCGCUAAAUUAGUUGGAUAAGCAGUGAUAUAUGCUUUAAACUAGCAACACAUAUCUUACUCUGGUUAUUUUCCGUGGCAGGUAAGCUAUCUAUCGAGCUAUUGUCCGUUUAGCUAGUUAGCAGUUAAGCUAUCAUUGGCUAAUGAGCGAUUUUAGCGAGCUCAUUUGUCAGCUCUUGCCGAAAUUUUAAUUGGAACGAGAUGGGUAUGCUUCACAUUUCAGUAUUACAUCAGUAAACGUAACAUUGCUAUAAAAUACACGUUUUGGGGGAAAAACGGCUAACUACGCAAGUUGGUUAGCUAGAGUUAGUGAUUUUGUUUACAUACGCAUAUUUGGUUUUUGUCUUGCCAGCUAGCUUUUGAGACUUAGAAUCAGCCAUGUCUUGACAAUAGCUUCCUGGGGUUUCUCCUGCUGAACAGUAAUACCAACAAUUCUGGAAAUAAAGAUAGCAUCUUCGUGCAUUGACAUGACAGUCAAAGUUCGCCGAGAGAAAAGCACAGAUGCCAUCCUGUCCGCAAAAGACGCUAAAUAAUAGACUACUAUUAACGCCAUUUUAAACAGGGGCUCCGUUGUGGGCCUGUGUUGGUGUUUCUUUUUGGUCUAAGGAAAGUGCCACCGUGCCGGAUUUUUCAAGUGCCUUCGGUCAGACUGGGACUGGUGCUUUUUUUUGACAUGGAAGGUCCGAUUCGAAGUAGUGUGUUCAGACACAGCCGACGCUCCCGUUCUCAACGAGACAGAGAGCGGCGCAGGAGAAGAGUAGACCUCGCUGUGCAGCGGGCCACAUCGCCCUCCUCGGGCUCGGAAAGGGAGCUUUGUGGAUCAGGAUCUGUACACGGUCCUGGAGGUAAAGAAUCUCGAACCAGCCCCAGACACAGGCCUCCUCGACGGAGGAAGCGAGUGUCGGUGUCCUGCGAGGAGGACAUCAUCGAUGGCUUCUCAAUUGCCAGCUUCAUCAGCAUUGAGGCCCUGGAGAUGGACUGCUCCAUGAAGCCUAACCAACGUGCCGCCAUGCUCAUGGGGAGGGGGAGCAAGAGAAAAAGGGGCCCAAAGGAGAAUGGCAGAGGGCUCGUCUCAGAGCCAGAGGAAGGGGCCCUACCCAGCUUCUCCCGCAGCUGUUGUAAUAGGAAUAGAAAGAAGAGAAGAAAGACCGAGGUUAAGGUUGGGAGCAUCCUCUUCUUGGAGACUGGCUACAUUUGUGACACAGAGAGCGAGUCAGCAGAUAAGGCCUCUGACAAUGACAUGGAGCCAAUGUUCACUGUCAGCACCAGGAAAGUUAUGGAGCCUAUCCCUGUGAGCGUUGCCUCUUCUAUGGGCAAAGGCUGCCCUCUACUACCACUACCAGGCCGCUGUGGCCUCUCGCGGCUGGCGGUCACCCCACGUGUCUCUGGCCUGGAGCGCAGCCAGGAGAGGAGCCUGGAGCCGCCUUACCCCGAGCCCCUGUCUACCUCCUUCUCCUGCCUGCCGUCCCUCUCCCCGGCCACGGUCACACGGCCCGGCCAGCUCAACGGCGGCAGCAGCAACGGCCUUCACCACCACCCCCACCACGACCCCAGCCCACCGCGCUCCAAACACAAGCCCUUCCUCACCUUCCCCGGGCGACACCCAUCCAUCUACAACAUGGGCAUCAACAACAGGAACGGUACCUCAGUCAAACCCCAGUCCUCUUCUGCUGCUUCUUCAUUGUCGUCUAUGCGACCCCCAACUCCCUCUACCGGUUUAUCGAUGUCCCUCAUGAGAGGUCCAGGGUCGUCAGGAUCUCUACGCCCCCCUUCGCGUUCCGGCUCCCUGUUCACCUCCUCCCCUGGGCUUCCCCCGCCACCUCCUCUCCUCACGUCCCACUCAGGAGCAGAACAAGACCUGCUGCGCCAGGGCCUGAACUCUCACUUCCUGGCUUCACAGGACCGCGAGGGCCGCCGCAGCGUCCCUGGGGCUGAGAGUAACGGUGGCGGGCCAGGCCGCUCAACUCCCGGAGGUCCGUCGGGGGCCAGCUCCAGUUCGGGCUCCUCAGGCCGCUCCUCACAGGCCAGCGUCCAGCCACUGGCCUUCCAAUUCCACCAGCACAACCACCAGCACCAGCACACACAUACACACCAACACUUCACCCCCUUCCUGCACCCCAACACCUCCGCACCACCGCCUCAGCACCUGUUUGAGAAGUAUGGCAAGAUGGAGGGGCUCUACAGAAACACUUUCUUCCCACAGUACCCUGCUCCCUCGGCGCCAGGCAUCCAGCCUGUGCUUCCUCCCACUGGGCCCUUCAGCUCUUUGCAAGGAGCCUUCCAGCCUAAGCCUCUUGCCCCCCAGAGAACGAGUCCUGAGAUGACCGCUCGACUGGGGGGUGUGCCUCACCACCUGCAGCCCAAAGACCCCAGGCUAACUGAUCCAUUUGGGACGUCGUUGAAAGUCAGUAAUAAACCAGGGAAGUGGUGUGCAAUGCAUGUACGUGUGGCAUGGAUGAUUCUGAGCCAUCAGAAGAAGGUGAAGCUGAUGCAAGCAGAUCCUCACAAGUUGGACUUCCGUAACGAGCUGCUGGCUCGUCUUCCAGGGGCCGGGGGUCUGGGCCCUCUGGGGCCCCUCGGAGGUGGCCUUCCGUCUGCCCACGACCUGAACCGACCUGCCAGCCUCUUCACAGCUGCUGGUGGAGUCAAUCCAUCAUCUCCUUUCAUCCCACCAUCAACGCCCCACUCCUCUUUCCUCACCCCAACUGCACACUUAGACCCGUACGGCCGCUCACCUCCGUUUGCACCUCUCGGAGCCUUGGGCUCUGGUGCCUUCGGGGGACUGGGCAGCCCUACGCUGGCUAACAGCUCAGUGUUUGGCCACAAGGAGCCUCCUGCAGUCGGGAGCUUACCCAACCCUCAUGACCCAUGGAACCGGCUGCACAAUGGGCCUCCCCCAUUCGCCGGCCCCAGCUGGGCCAAGGGGAGUGAGAAGAGGGAUGAGCGGGACCAGGGGAAGGACAUGGAGAGGAGAGAGAUUAUUCACAUCAAAGACGAGAAAGACCGAGACAAUAUGCUAUAUGGUCGUCAACCUGUGCGGAUGUCUCCGGUCUCCCCGGCCCUCAAGCUCCAGCAGCAUCGCAGCAGCACCCCUGUCUCCCACAUCAACGGACAUGGGGGCCCCCUUGGAGGCCCCAGCGGUCUCACUGAGGAUCUGACACGCAGCCACAGCAGGGACCGAGACGGGGACAAGCGACCGCUCUCCUCCAGGCCACCUCCACCAGGCCCUUCGUCCUCAGCAGCUGCAGCAGACAGAGACAGGCCUCGCUCCUCUUCUUCCUCCGUGCUGACGACUCCCCCACCCUCGGGACCCGGUGCCCCCUCGCCCUUGGAUCUGUACCCCCGUCAGCAGCCCCCAGCGCAGCACGGACUACAUAACGAACUCCCCCACUCCUCACAAAGAGAGGGAGGCCCCCCUGCCUUAUCCUCAGCCACAGUCACCUCUCUGUCCCAGGGCAAGAAGCCUGACCGAACCACCACCCCGUUGCCCAAGCCUCCACCCCUCUUCCCCCCGGUCAAGGUCAAGGAGGAGCGGAAGGAAGAACCGGAGCCCGUGCCAAUCUCCCUGCCGCCUUCCCUGCCCCCCAGCCACAACUACGAUCGGCCCAACAGCCGCCCUCACCACCACCGCUCCGCCACCCCCUCUUCUCGCUCUCUGACUCCCACACCCAGCUUGCCCCUGCCUCCUCCCACCCCGCACAACCCUCACCAUCACCUCUCCAUCCUGGAGCGCUCCCGAGCGCAGGCCGCCAUUGAGGCCUACCUAGGGAGCACACAAGGGGCUGGCGGGAUAGUAGUGGGUCCAGGGGGAGAGAGGUUCUCCACCCAUCCCCACGGCCUGCCCCAGGGGCAUGGCCAGCACCCCCACAGCUUCCCAUGGGACCCAUGGAGGGAGCUCGCCGCCCAACAGCAGCAGCAGCAACGCCGGGAGGCCAUGGCUCUGCGUUCAGACCCCCACCUGGCGCUGCGCUCCGACCCCCACCUGGCCCGGCUGCUCCAGAACCAGCACGCUCAGCGCUUCUUGGAGGCCGAGAGGGCGGCUGCCAUGGCAGCAGCGGUGGCUGCAAACAACCCUCACCACCACCCUCCUACCUCCUCCGCCUCCUCGGCCCGCCAGGAGUUUGGCCUGAUGGCCCACAACUUUGACCGCCCUCCCCAGCUGGGUCCCCAAGGUGGCGGGCUCAUGGAUGAGCAGCAGCGUGCCCAGAUCCUGAGGGAAGACUUUGAAAGGGCACGCUACUUUGGGAUGCAUUCUCACCCGCACCUCUCGGGCUCCCACCUCCCACCGGGUUCUCACUCUGCCCACCUGGAGCAGCUGCAUGCUGGGAUGCUCUCCCACUCACACCUCCACCAGCCUGGAGCUUCCAACCACUCGCCCCACCACCCCGGCCUUUACUCGCGCCUGGGGCCUCUACACGCGCACCACGUGCCCAAUGGCAUCCUGGCCAAGACCCCUGCUGGCCUGGUGGGGGCACUGUCCGUAGGAGCCCCCCCUCCGCUCAUUCCAUCUGUGACCAGCAGGUCUUCCACCCCAACCCGUAGACUGGGUGGGCCUGGGGACUUGGCCAUGUACUCUCACAAAGACAGCGAGUCCAGAUAGUACAGGGACACACCGGAGGAGUCAAAGGGAAACGUCAGGAUUACUUUGCUGCUCUCACUCUGCUUCCUGAAACACACAACUCACUAAGGCUCUAGACCAGAGAUGGGCAACUCCAGUCCUUGGGGGCUGGAGUGGUGUCACACUUUUUCCCCAUCCCUAGCAAACUCAGAUGAUUCAAAUGAAUGUGAUUAUAAACUGAAGAUCAUGAUUAGUUGAUAAUUAAGUCAGAUGUGUUCGCUGGGGCAAAAGUGUGACACCAAUCAGGCCCCUGAUGACUAGAGUUGCCCAUCUCUGAUCUCGACCAAUGAGCCCUCCAAAUGGUGUUGCUGGGUUUGAAGAUAGGGAUAGAUAUGAGGAGACUUGUAUGGGGGCGACACAGCACAUUCACAAUGGUUCAAUCAGUGCAAUUUUAAGGUACAUGGUUUCUGUGCUUCCUAGUGUUUUAUUAUUUUAAGGUUUGUUCUUUGUCCAUAUGAUGUAUACAAUAAUGGUAGCUGUACAAAGAGGCAGAGAGAAGGCUUUCCCAAUUGAAUAUGAUCAGGUUUCAAGCAAGCUUUUUCAGGUGUGAUAAGAUGAGCUCUGAGAGAUGUGCACAUUUUGUACACAUGAAUCGUUCAUCCUUCUCUUGUUCCAACUCAUGGGGAUAUUUAAAUCCCUUUGCAUAAAUAAAACGUUGGGAUGUUUUCUGGAUGAGCAAAAUAAUUAUGGUAGCACAGUAUAAUUCUCUUUUUUUUUUUGUCCACUGUAAUUGUGAAAAGACUAGAUUAUUGAUGAAACUUUUGAAGAUUCUAAAUCUAUAAAGAACCGUAUGCUUCUGUACCUCUUCUCCUCACCACUCCUCUGUGAUCUAAGAUCCUUGGCUCCACCUCUUGUAUUUAAUAGAAAGAAAGACUGAUGUAUACUGUGCCGACACGGUGGACAAUAUUUCUCUUCUGACUUGACAUAUGAGCAGGACCCUAAUAUAGUAGUCUAGUGAAAUUGCCUUUGUAAUUAUUAUUGUUAACAUUUUAUCUUCUAUAAUGAUAAUAAAUAUAUUCACUGUUAUUUGUCAUUGUUUCAGGUAUCACCAAUGCACUCCCCUUUCAGUAACAAUUUCAAGUUGUUCCACAUCAAGCAGUAACAGUUGUUUGACGGAAAAAGGAAAUGCUUGUAAACGUGAGUAAGACAACCAUAACAACCUCUGGCUUCUUCGUGGAUCAGAUCUUUGAAUAUAUGAUGACUACACUGAGGGAGGUUUGUGUUGGUGUCACAUCACAUUUUGGACUAUGAAUGCCUGCCGGCAAGUCAUUUUCACGUUGACGCUCCAUGAACAAAGAUAAUUUAUAUACAUGGAAGAACAGGAGGCUUUAAAAAAGAAUCGGUACACAGGACUGGACUAUGGGUAUACUGAGUGAAGGAAAAGACAUUUGGGUCGAUUUAUUUUAAUAAGACCAUUUUAUACCUUUCAAACCCCUUCCCCUAUAGUCCACAAAGAUGAAUUAUUAAAAUAACUGUUGGUUACUUGA